AUGUCUUCCAGCUUUAAGAAGCCAAAUGUGGCCUCUACCAGCCAUAAAAAAAAGAUGGGUCCAAAGCCUGAACUCACAGAAGAACAGAAGCAAGAGGUUCGAGAAGCCUUUGACCUCUUCGAUGCCGAUGGAAGUGGCACCAUCGACGUGAAAGAGCUGAAGGUGGCCAUGCGGGCGCUGGGCUUCGAGCCUCGGAAGGAAGAGAUGAAGAAGAUGAUCUCCGAGGUGGACAAGGAAGGCUCCGGGAAGAUCAGCUUCAAUGACUUCUUGGCCGUGAUGACGCAGAAGAUGGCCGAGAAAGACACCAGAGAAGAAAUCCUCAAGGCUUUCAAGCUGUUUGAUGAUGACGAGACCGGGAAGAUCUCGUUCAAAAACCUGAAACGCGUGGCCAACGAGCUGGGCGAAAAUCUCACGGAUGAAGAGUUGCAGGAAAUGAUCGAGGAAGCCGACCGGGAUGGGGAUGGAGAAGUGAAUGAAGAAGAGUUUCUUCGCAUCAUGAAGAAGACCAACCUCUACUGA